GCCUCCCGGGUCUCUCCACCCGCAUGAUCCCUCCCCCACACCUCACACCGUUUUGUUCAGUUGUGAAUGCCGCGUCCUGUCCUGGUGACAGGAGAACAAUGUUGGUGAACGUCGCAGCGAGUGUCCGAGUGUUCCGUGCGCCCCUUGGAGCGGGUGGGGGCGGAAGCCCUGGUGGCUGGCGGGCCGUGGCGAUAGCGCGCUAUCUGCCGCCGCAGCGCCUGUCCGCGGCCUCUGGGUUAUUUCUGGCCAGGCGACAGCGCUGUGGUCGGUGCAGCGGGAGCGCCGGGGCCUGGCAGGGGCGGGGCGGGCUUAUCGUCAGACUCCCCGGCCAACGCCUCCGCUCCAGAGCAAGCCGGGCCACCGUCCUCUCACCAUGGGCUCCGGUGAGUCUGUGGUCCGGUCGGCUCUGGGCCUCUCCCUGGGCAGACCCAGGUUGGGAGGCGCUCCGAUUGUUCUGGUUGCAGAAGGGAGAGUCUUGGCACAGAUGAGACUUCCAGCCAGCGCGCGGGGUGGUCGGGGUGGAGAGGCUUGCGGCUAAAGGGGCCUCGGAACUGGAUGGGGCCGGGCCCAGCGCUCCGGCCCACACCCCAGCCCCUCCAAUCCUCACCCUCCAUGCCCCCCAGUUCUGCCUGCUGUGCUUCAGCACUGGCACCAUCACCAGCCACUGUCCCCUCAGUGGGUCCCAUUCACCUCCUGCCCUGUCGAUCCAGGCCCAGACCCUGCGGGCUGCAGCCUCCUGGUCCUUGCUGGGUCUCAGGGUCCCUCAGUUCUGGCCCAGCAACUGCCGAAGGUCUGCAAACCCAACGCUAUGCGCAGACGAUGCUCCCGCCAGCGGCGCUGCGUGCAGGCGCGGGCGGAACGUGCGACCCCGGCUUUCACGCAGACCCCGCGCCGCCCGCGCCCGCUCCUCCCCUGCCGCGCAGCGCCUGCGGUUCUUCUCCCAGCUCAGCAGCUGGAGACCGGAGAAGGGAGAGAGGCCACAGCCAAACGGCCCCGUGAACGGCGCGGGCGCGCGGACCCCACCCGCCCGCCUCCAGGGCUCGGGAUCUUGGCCGGUGCACGCCCAUGAGGGCCACCCGGAAUGUCGCGAUCUCAGCAUCGCGGGCCAAGCGAUGAGAUGGAAGGACGAUGGGGCACGCCUGAGGGGCUCAGGUCGUUACGCAGGAGCCCGCCACGGCCGGGGAGCCAAGCGCCGGGGACGGAGUCGGGAAGAGAGGACAGAGUCUCCAGGCGCGCCCGCCUCUCCCGUCUCCAGCGAAAGUCAGGUCCCACCCACCCCGUCGAGAGACUUGGCCCUCAGGCGCCUAGCCUCCGGGGCGGCGGGGACCAGACCCCAUGUGGCAACCCCCGACGUGGAGAAAUGCGGGUCUUGUCCUCACUUUGCGUCGCACGCGAAGGAGCAGGCCGCCCAGCGCAGACCCCAGCCGUGCACCGCGCGGAGUCAGACCUGUGCAGCGCCCGACCCGCGGCCGCGCCUAACCCUGCGGGUCCACCGAGGCCGGCUCCCAGCCAGGCCUCCUGCCUCACGCCUGGCCCUCUCCUCUAGCAGGAGCAGCUCCUCUUGGGGUCCUGGGGGCAAUGGGCUGGACCUGCCCAGGGAAGAGUUUGAAAAGGGGUCUGGAGCCCAGCCCGUUGAUGAACUGCACUCCCCCCUGGACCUGCCCCUGGGCCUCCUCAGUGACACAGUCACUGAAUGA